GCGAAACAACCUUUUCAAAGGCUCGGCAAGGAGUCUCAACCUCUUCCUCCACUAAAUAUCGUAGCGUAUUGAAUAACCGUCUUCCCCCCCCUCUCCAGCAUCUUUACCUUCUUUUCUUAUAGACGCUUCGACGUUGCGACGCUAGUUUUGGGGGUCGCUACUCCCUUUCUCCUUCUCCUUGUGCGAUGUUUAAGCAGUUGAAGCAGAGUGUGGUGUCGGCCAUCUCGUCUGAUCCCCUCUACGCCUACACACUAGACACGUCCAGCACGACACUGUGCGGCCGCGGGUAUUUGUUUGAAAAGUGUGAUGCAGUCGUGCGGGCCAACGGAAGAAAAGUGUCGAUUUUUACCCUUCACACAAAACGCCUGCUGGAGCGCUGUACGCCUGAUGAGGCGCUGACGGUGGUGAAGACGGUCAAGGACAGCGUCGCGCUGCUGACGCACUUGCGACACCCCGGCGUACUGGCGAUUGAGGGCCAAAUUGUUGAGGAGAAGAAGAAGGUAUGGUUUGUGACGGAACGGGUGACCUCGGUGCUCGCGCCGGAGACGGUGAAGGACCUCCCGCAGCAGGUGAAAUUGCUAGGUAUGACCCACUGUGCUGAAGGUAUUCGCUUCUUGCACGAGAAGGCAGAAAUUUUACUCGUCAACUUUGCGCUCUCAUCGAUCUACGUGACGGAGGGGAACCGGUGGAAGGUGGGCGAUUUGUGCUUCGCCGUCCCGCGGGCACAACUUGGCGCGCUGACGCCACCGACGGUCCCUUUUCACAGCGUCGCGGCACCCCUGUUGGACUACCUUCCCAUCGAAUACAUCGACUUCUGCACGAGGCGGAAGAGCGCGACGGACAACUUGUUUGCCGGGACCUCCUCUGCGCCGCUGGUGUUCCCCGACAGCGACACCUACAGCUUCCUCGUUGUCACCUGCGAGGUGAUCGAUGAGAGGCGUCUCUUCAACUGCGGCGGCAACGCGCAGGAGCAGCAACGGCAGAUGAGCGCGGCGGAGUCGAGGGUGGCUCAGUACUUCCCUGCAGGAGCCCUGCGGCUGCCGCGGCCGCCCAUCUUGACUGUUGUCAACACCGGCCCCUUUGCCACGCAGGACAUGAAAACGCUGAUCGGGCUGGCCACCUUUGACACGCUCGACAGCGAUGCCCGCUUCCGCCUUCUGAAAGGACUCUACGACGGACUGGUGCAGGGAAGCUUCUGCGAAUCGGUUCUUCUCUCCGACGUUGUGCCACUGAUGGUGCGGGAGAGCAAGGUGGACGCGAUGCUGCGUUUUGUGCUGCCGAUUCUCCUACUCUGCACCAAAGCCAUCUCGAGCGAGAACUUCAACCGUGCGUUGCGGGACUACUUCGUGUCCUUUCUCACCGCCAUCAUUCGCGCGCCGUCGAUGGAGAACGUGAGCGUGUACGCCGAGCAAGUGCUACAAAAACGCGAAGGUCUCGACAAGCACUUUUCCUCGGUGGAGGACCGCGCCACCUACCUCAUCCCACUCAUCUCGAAGCUUCUGCAGAGCGACGGCAACGAGCGCAUUCAAAAGGGCACGCUGGAAUGGCUGCUCGACAUUCUGAAGCAGACACCGACCGUAAAGCUGGGGCUGCCAAACGACAUCGCCGCUCGUUUAAUCGGCGUUGCGUCGGCGAACACGAACUCGUUCAUGCUCGCUUUUCAGUGUGUGGAGCAGAUCCUUACCUUUGCCUCCACAGAGACGAAGAUGGAGGUGGAGGCGAGUCUGGCGCGCAGCAUCUCCAACUCUUCCGCCUACUUCACCUCGACGCAGUUGGACUACAUGCUGCGCGUGCUAAGGAGCAUCGAGGAGAAUAUGUCAUCGGAGCACCGCGCAUUGAAGUCGAUCCCGCUGCUCUGUCCCCUGUUGCUGCACGCCAACGGCUCUGUCAAGCAGUUCGCCGUCGCCUCGAUCGUCAACUACGCGCAGGCGUUCAACGCCGGCUCCCCAGCGCCACUGCCGCAGAGCCACGCGCUCUUUACGCAGCCCACCGCAUUGGUCUCCUCUUCUUCCUCGGUGUCACCGCCAGUGCGAAGCAGCGGACCUACCGCGAAUGGUAGUUGUGGUGUUGCCACCUCCGCGAGACGCAACGAUGACGAUCUCUUCUCCACGCUGUUUUCGUGA